GUGGUCAGAGGAUGGAGGAGGCGGCGAAGAGACGGCCCCUGAUAUCUGCUAAAGUGAAAGGACCAGGCCCAGGGCACUACGCUCUACCCCCGACAGUGGGCUACGUCAACCAUGAUGUCACCAAGCCCAGCAGCCCAGCUUACUCCUUCCGCACCCGCAUGAGCAGCACCAUGAUCUCUGUGGACUCCAGCCCUGGACCAAGAUACCACGUCGGUGCUAAUGUGACACGCUUUGGCCGAAUGGACACGCCCUCUUAUUCCAUGGUAGGCCGAGGGAAGCGGAUUACCAGCAAAGGGGAUCAGUUGCCGACUCCGGGACCAGGUGCCUACAGUCCGGAGAAGGCUCCGGGUCUCAACACUCAGCGUCGACCGCCAGCCUACACGAUUGGAGCCCGCACGCGCUACCGCACUGUGGAUGCAGUACCGGCACCCAACAGCUACACGCUCCCCAAGCUGUUGGGCAAUCAGGUCCCCAAUAAGCCAUCCAGCGUCAGCUACAGCAUGUCGGCCCGCCGGAAGGUGGGGGGCCCCUCCGUAGACCUGGCCCAGAGUCCCGGGCCCUGCAGAUACAACUGCAUCGAUCCGGAUGUUUACCUCCAACGCCAGCCCUCCUUCUCCAUGCAGAGCCGGACCAAAAGGCCCACCUACCCCUCGGUCACACCGGGCCCGGGCGCCUACCGCCCGGAGCGUUCUGGGAUGCACCUCCGCAAGGCACCCUCCUUCACCAUGGGGGUCCGCCACUCAGAGUUUGUCAUGCCGCUUGUGCUGGACUUUGUCCACUGACCAGUUAGUGUCUUAGUACAGCAAGUAAAAAAAAUUGGGUUACCACUAGCUUGGUUGUUUAAUCGCCUAACAAACAAAUUGGACAUUUUGGGAUGUUGCACUGGCGCUAUUUUGUAUUGCAUAUGUUGAAGAAAAGCUUCCUUACAGGUUAUAAAAGUGACAAGGGUCUCGCUGCUUGUACACACAACCAAAUUGGGACUUAUUAUUUUGGUAUAUCAAUAAUAAAACACAAGUGUCACAUGUGUCAUUUAUCUGUUUGUGUAUUUUUUUUCUUGUUUGGAUAAAUAAUACAAGUUUUUUGGUUUAAAACAAACCAAAGCAAAGUCUUC